UCUCUCUCACUUUUCGGCACGUCAGUCGACGAACGGAGCCAGUCGAACGCGCCACCCUGCGGAUCACCGCAAGGAUCCGUCGUCCGUUUUACUCGCUUUUACAACCCUCAAGGAAACAUCAUCGACUACUAGAGUCUAUUUCUAACUACAUUGAAGCUUUUACUGAAGAUACACAUUAUCAUCUAAUCAAGACUUAAUCAAGAACGCGUGUACGUGUUUCAAGACAUCAUAAUGGCUGUACGAUUGUCUUCUAUGUCGUGACCACGCUACAUCUGAUACGAGAAAGAAGAAGGAAUAAGGUGAAAGGAAGAGGAAUUAAGGAUAAUUUUGUUCAGCAAGACGGAUCCGUGAUCAAGUGAAGCGGCUGGACCUCCUCCAUAUUGGGAGGUCGAGGACCGCUCGGUGAAGCGUUUGGGCCUUGGGAGAAGGCCUAACAUAUAUAAAAGAUGAUAGAUCCAAGUUCAUCGGAGGAGGAGAGUGAAGAGGACCAGAGUACUCACCAUGGAGGUGGCGGCGGUGGCCGUGGAGGUAGCGGAAGCUCCCACGGUUCCCACCACCAUCCUGCUGGUGGUCCUGGAAGUGGUACAGUUUCUGGGAGCGUUGGUUCGCUCGCAUCGGGCAUCACCGCGUCUCCUGGUGGCUCGAACCACGUCGGUCCAGCCGGUGGUAUUGGGACUCAUGGCCCAGCUCGUACUACCGGCACGCUCUCACAAGAUUCUGGCUCCGCUCUCGACGUACCAAGUAUUACAAGUGCAAGAAAUUCUUUGUCACCGUCUAUGAGCGCAACUCAAGAUGCUACAAAUUAUUCUCAAAGACCAACCAGCCCUUCACCGUCUGUUGCCAGUGAAAAAACUGAAGUGGAUUUGCAGGAUAAACAAGAAAGAGAAGAAGAAGAACGAAAGACUAGGAUACAACUGUACGUUUUUAUUUCACGAUGUAUUGCUUACCCAUUCAACGCGAAACAACCGAUGGAUAUGACACGUAGGCAAAUGAAAGUAACGAAGCAACAACUCGAAACAAUCUGCUCUCGCUUUCAGGGAUUCUUGAAAGGUGAAACGCAGAUAAUGGCCGACGAGGCUUUCCGCAAUGCUAUACAGAAUUACUUCGACGUAUUUCUAAAAUCAGACAGAGUAGUUCAAAUGGUACAAAGUGGUGCUUGUUCCCAACUCGACUUCCGUGAGGUAUUUAAGAAGAACAUUGAAAAACGUGUUCGAAGCCUCCCGGAAAUCGAUGGGCUGAGCAAAGAGACUGUGCUUACGUCCUGGUUGGCCAAAUUCGAUUGUAUUAUCAAGGGGACAGGUGAUGAAGACACAAAAAGGCCUUCCAGGAUGCAACAGCAGUCUUUGAAUUCGGAAUUGAUAUUGUCGAAGGAGCAGUUGUACGACAUGUUUCAGCAAAUCCUUGGAAUUAAGAAGUUUGAACAUCAGCUUCUGUUCAACGCCCUCCUGUUGGACUCAGCCGAUGAACAGGCUGCCGCCAUCAGGAGGGAGCUGGACGGUCGCAUACAAAAAGUCAACGAAAUGGAGAAGAACCGCAAGCUCAUGCCGAGGUUCCUCCUGAAAGAGAUGGAGUCGCUCUACAUCGAGGAACUCAAGUCGUCUAUCAACCUGCUAAUGGCUAAUUUGGAGUCGUUACCGGUCUCCAAGGGUUCGAUAGACAGCAAAUACGGGCUGCAGAAGCUGAAGCGCUACAACUAUCGUGGUGAGCGCUCCCGCUGCCGCGGUCAGGGUUCCCUCGCUAAACUGGAGGGCGACUCCGCUGAUUCCGAUCCCCAGCUGUCAAAAAUAGACGUCGGCCUGACUUUCCAAUUGGAAGUAGUUGUUAUGGAGGUCAAAGGCCUAAAGAGUCUAGCACCCAAUAAAAUAGUUUAUUGCACUAUGCAAGUGGAGGGUAGCGAGAAGUUACAGACUGAUCAAGCUGAAGCGUCCAAACCAAUGUGGGAUACUCAAGGCGAUUUUACCACGAUGCAUCCUCUCCCCGUAGUGAAAGUUAGACUUUACACCGAAAAUCCAGCUGUAUUGGCUUUGGAGGAUAAGGAAUUGGGAAAGGUUGUAUUAAGGCCAACUCCACUUUCGUGCAAGGUACCAGAAUGGCAUCGAAUGAGGGUACCAAAGAAUAAUCCCGAUCAAGAUCUCCGUAUGAAGAUAGCUUGUCGAAUGGAUAAGCCAUUGAACAUGAAACACUGUGGUUAUCUUUACGCUCAGGGCAAGUCUGUAUGGAAAAAAUGGAAGAAGCGAUAUUUUGUGUUGGUCCAAGUCUCGCAGUACACAUUUGCGAUGUGCUCGUAUAAAGAAAAGAAAAGCGAGCCGUCGGAAAUGAUGCAGCUCGAUGGCUAUACCGUGGACUAUAUCGAAGCUAUUUCCGCUAAUCUCAUGGUCGGCAUGGAUUUAGAAGGCGGAAGGUUCUUUUUCAACGCGGUACGUGAAGGUGACAAUAUAGUCUAUGCCUCGGAUGACGAAAAUGAAUGCCAUUUAUGGGUAAUGGCUAUGUACAGAGCGACAGGACAGUCGCAUAAGCCAACACCACCGGUAUCCGUGGCAGACAAGAAUUCAACGAUUAGCAAGAUUCAAGGAGAUGCUGACAGAGCUAAGAAACACGGAAUGGAAGACUACAUUAGUGCAGAUCCAUGUAAAUUCGAUCAUCAUGCACUUUUCAAAUUUCUACAGAAUUUAAUCCUGGACUACAGACUGAACGAUCCUUAUUGCUCCUUGGGUUGGUUCUCUCCUGGUCAAGUUUUUGUACUCGAUGAGUAUUGUGCUAGAUAUGGUGUACGUGGUUGCUUCCGUCAUCUUUGCUACUUACACGAUCUUCUAGACAGAGUUGAUCGUGGACUUAUGAUAGAUCCAACGUUGCUACACUUCAGUUUUGCUUUUUGCGCUACUCACGUUUAUGGUAACACCACGGAUGGUGUUGGUUCGAUUACUCACGAGGAGAAAGAUAAAUUUCAGGAGGUCAAAGAGAGACUUAGGGAAAUCCUUGAAAUACAAAUUAAACAUUUCAGAUAUAGCUUUCCAUUUGGACGACCAGAAGGUGCUCUGAAGUCUACUCUAUCUCUUUUGGAACGUGUCUUAAUGAAGGAUAGCGUAACACCAGUUCCCCAAGAAGAAGUUAAGGGCUUGAUCAAAUCAUGUUUAAAAACGGCAGCUUUUGUGAAUUAUACAAAGCUAUCGGCGGAGGCUAAAAUCGAAGAUGAUUUCAGUGGCGAAGUUUGCGUUCCUCCUAGCAAAAAGUUGGAGGAUUUGAUACAUCUUGCCGAAUUGUGCGUCGAUCUCCUCCAACAAAAUGAAGAGCAUUAUUCGGAGGUAGCGUUCGCCUGGUUUAGCGAUCUCAUGGUGGAGCACGCCGAGAUCUUUUGGUCGCUUUUUGCUGUCGACAUGGAUAAGGUCUUGGCUGAGCAACCACCUGAUACCUGGGACAGUUUCCCACUGUUCCAGAUUUUGAAUGAUUACCUUAGAACAGACGACAACUUGAAAAAUGGAAGGUUUCAUCAACAUUUGCGUGACACGUUUGCUCCUUUGGUUGUACGAUACGUUGAUUUAAUGGAAACAUCAAUCGCCCAGUCCAUUCACAAAGGAUUCGAAAAAGAACGUUGGGAGAUAAAAGGAAACGGUUGUGCAACCUCCGAAGAUCUUUUCUGGAAGCUCGAUGCUUUGCAAUCGUUUAUCGGUGGCUUACAUUGGCCAGAUCAAGAAUUUCGUCAACACUUAGAGCAACGAUUGAAACUUAUGGCCUGUGAUAUGAUAGAAUCGUGCAUACAGAGGACAGACACGGCUUUUCAGCAAUGGCUUAAAAAGGGUGUGACGUUUACAUCGACCGAUUAUAUAAUACCAUCGGAAAUGUGUGCUAUGGUGAAUGUUAUUUUGGAUGCAAAGAAUCAGAGUUUCAAACUUUGCACUGUCGAUGGUGUCGACGUGCAUCAAUAUCAUUCAAAGAUCGAUGAUCUGUUAGAAAAAACUUCAGCCGCAAUGAAUCAGGGAAUGAUUAAUAAAUUAGUUACAGUUUUGGAAACAACAUUGUCCAAGUUAUCUCGUUACGAUGAAGGAUCUCUUAUCGGUUCUAUCCUUAGCUUUACGAAGGUGUCGGGAAGCGGUAAGGAAAUGGGUCAAGCUUACGUUAAUUUCACACGGAAUUGUAUGGAUCAGAUUCGUAGCAAAGUACUCGACGAAUUAUGGAUUUUGACUUUCUUCGAGCAAUGGUACACCGCACAAAUCCAAAUGCUGUGCACGUGGCUAUCCGAGAGACUCGAUCAUAGUUUACAUCUUUAUCAAUGUACCUGUCUCGCUCACAUCGUCAAGAAGAUCUACUCGGACUUUGAGCUUCAAGGUGUAAUGGAGGAAAAGCUCAACUCGAAGACAUAUCAGACUAUAUCCAAAAGGAUGCAGACGGAAGAAGCAACUUGUGCCUUAACCAUGAGCGCUCAGAACGAAGAAGGACUUUCCGAGAAUGGUAACGACGAAGACGUGGAAAGACCAAAGACAAAGGUGACGAUCGUGGAAACGAUGGGAGGAGAAGAUGCAAAUUACGUAGCGAAUAUUAGCAACGUAACUUCUAACGUUGUUGGCAAAGUUGGCAGUAUGUUUGGCAAGGGUAUCGGUGGUCUAUCUGGCAAAUUUGGUGGUGCCACCAGUUGGUUCUAGUUAUCAUUUUUAGUAUUCUGCCAGUAAACUUUAUAUUUGUCUAGAGGAAUGUUCCUUCGUUAUAAGUAAAUAAAACUAAACAGACGGACGGACGGACGGACGGACGGACGGACGGACAAACAGAGAAAGAGAAAGAUAGAGAGAAAUAAAAAGAGACAGAGAGAGAGAGAGAGAGAGAGAGAGAGAGAGAGAGAACUCAGGUGACAGGACUUCUAAUACAUAAAUAUAGUACAGUAUUUUAAACUUAUACAAUGAUUUAGAAUUUCGUCCGUACAGCGAAUUUUCCUAAUUAAAUGUUUUAAUCGAUCGGGAACUAUUUCGAUUUCUCGCAGUUUGAUUAUGAAAUUCCACGUUUUUAACUUAUAGCAAUGUUACGAUCGAUUGAAGAUCUUUUGAAUAGAAGAAAGAAAAGAAAGAAUGAAAGUAAGAAAGAAAGAGAGAGAGAAAGAGAGAGAGAGAGAGAGAGAGAGAGAGAGAGAGAAAUUGUUUUUAAUAUCUACACGUAUAUAAACACACUGAGAUUUUCUCACGUGAUUUAUCCAUUAUUUUGGAUAUCGGUAUAGAGAGAGAAAAAAAAAAAGAUUGCAUCUGUCCAUUGAGAAAUGAACUUCAGAGGAUAAGUCACGAACGAGUAUAAUUAUAAAUACACAUACCUUAUGCAAAAUAUAUACAUAUGUAUAUAUAGCAGAUGCAUAUAUAUAUAUAUAUAUGUGUGUGUGUGUAUAUAUAUAUAUAUUCAUAUAUUAUGUGCACUCUGUAAUUAUGAAGUACUCAAAAAAACAUUUUCCCGAAAAUGUACACCAAAUGCGUCAUUAAAUAUUAACAGACAUUGUGACAACAUAUGUAAGUAUACGUAUACAAAUUGGAUUGGUCAAAAGUUUCUAGAUAAUUUUAAAAAUUCAAUUUACAUUCUUUUUCGAAAUUCAUUUAGGCUAAUCUUUUCCUUUUUCUUUUCUUUUCUCUGUGUUUCUUUUUCUUUUUUUUUUUUUUUUUUUUUUUUUUUAUCAGAUUGUAGAAUUACAAACUUCUAGUAGUUUGUUUGAACGAUCUGAAAGGAGAAAGAAAUAAAGGGAAAAAUUAGACGCUGAAAUGUCUCGAGAAAGAAUACAAUCGAUUUGUUUGAAAUCACUUGGAAACUUUUCGCCGAUCCUUUCAAAUGAAAAUAAAAUUUUCAAUGAGUCCGUGUAACUACAAGAAAAUGUGCUAUAUACAUACAUACGUACAUACAUACAUACAUACAUACAUAUUAUUAUUAUAAUAUAAAAAAAAAAGAAAAAAGAAAGAGAGAUAGGGAAGGUGUACGAUGAUGUUAAGAAAAAGAAAAAAGAAGCAAAAAAAAAGGAAAAAUUGAAUCAUGCAGAGAAUUACAAGAUAUGAUUUAUGAAGAAAAAAUUUCUUCGGUCGAUUGCAACGUAGCUUCUCGGUAGAGAGAGAGAGAGAGAAAAAAAAAGAAGAAACAAAGAAAAAUUGUCUCUAAUGUGCAAAAAAAAAAAAGAAGAAGCGUCGACUUUCUAAUGCGGGAAGAAUACUUUCAUAGUUGUUAGGUUAUACGAUUUGCUGUUAUCUGUUGGACGACCAUUCUUAUAUUCCUCUAUAACAAUCAUUAAAUUAGAAUUAAACUUCUUCGAAUCUAAACAUUUUCAAUAGACGUUAUUAUUUAGUUUUGUUUUAGCUAACCUUUGCUUUUGCAAACUAUAAUAAUUAGUCCAUAUUAUAACACGAUCGUAUUAUUUUCGAUUAGAACGUAAUAGAAACAAAACUUAUCUGCAUCGUCCUGUACUUCUUUACUCGAAACAUAAUACGUAUAAAUAGUAGAAAAAAAAAGCAAUUGCAAAUCUGUAAUUACAUCGAUUUUUCUAGUUUGAUUUAUUUAUUUAUUUUUAUUUUCUUUUCUACUAUUUAUUUUUCUUUUUCUUUUUUUUUUUUCUUCUCUUUUUUUAAUUUAUUUUCGAUAGUUCGCCGCGAAAAGUGAAGCUGAAAUUUUCGAAAGUGGGAUGAUUUCCUAAACGGCAAUAAAUAUCUUAUAAAUAAGAAUUCUAUAUUCUCCAAUGAUGACGAUGAUAAUAAUGAUAUAAUGUCUCUAUUUGUACAAUUAAUUAAUUAAUUAAUUGAUUAAUUAAUUACAAGUUAAAAAUAUAGACUGGAGGAGUAACAUUUUUCAUAGUUUUCGCGAGAAAGAAUCGAUAAAGAAAAUAGUUUCGAUGGUACUAGUUUUAAAAAUAAUUCAUGACAUGAGAAUAAAAAAGAAAAAAAGAAAAAAAAAAAAAUCAGAGGAUAAGAAAUAUGAAUAAAUAGGACAGCCAAGCUUUCUCUAUAUUCAGAUUAUAAAAAUGAUUUUGUGAAUGGUCGCUGUUAACCAUCAGAAGCAGUGAACGUGGAAAAGUAUAUAUAUAUAUAUGUGUACGUGUAUGCAAUAAAUAUAUAUAUAUAUAUAUAUAUAUAUAUAUAUAUAUAUAUAUAUAUAUAUAUAUAUAUAUAUAAUAUUACGAAUACUGAGAUAUGUGGCAACGUAUUGGUCGAUGAUUACAAAUAUGGAAAAGGAAAGAUAAUUAAAUAAAUAAAUAAAUAAAAUAAAAUUAAUAAUUAAAUAAAUAAAUAAAUGUGGCCCGUGCCUUUAAAAUACAUACUUGCAAAAAGAAAGAGGAGCGAGAGAAAGAGAGAGAGGGGGAAAGAGAGGGGGGGAGAGAGAGAGAGAGCUGACAUACAUAGAUUGAAAGAGAUAUUAUCGAUCGAAAUCGAGACUCUACUUAACGAAGGACGAAUUGGCAUGAGAUGAGAAUUCGAUAAAAUGAUUUUUUUUCUCUCAAUUAACAACAUCAAUAAUAAUAACAACAACAAACGAACAAAAACAAAUAAAAUAAUCGAACGUGUAAAAUAGGAAAUACAUAUGUAGAUACGUAUAUAUUUCUCUAUUCUAUAUAUUCUUUUUGUUGUUUCUUUUGUCCUCUCUUAUAAAUAUUCUACAAAAGAAAUAAAUGUUAUGUAGGUUUACAUUAAAACGCGGACGUUAAUCUUUGAACGCGUUUGAUGUGUGGGUAUUUUCAAGGAUUAUACGUAAAAAAAAAAAAAAAAGGAAAAAGAAAAAGAAAAAGAAAAAAAAAAUAAUAAGAAAAAAAGAGGAAAAAAAAUAAUAUAAUAAGAAUUGCCACAGUAAUGAUUGUACUACAUUAGAGCGAAUGUUUCUAUUUAGUUCGAUAAAUCGUUUGAAAGUGCAUAGUGAUACGCCGGAAACAUUAGUUGCACAAGGAAGGAUACGGAAAAUCGUUUUUACAAAUCUCCGAUUUAUUAAUAUGUCACUAUAACUUUUUCAUGAUCUAAAAAAUUGUCGUUCGAAUGUAAUUAAUAAAAAAAAAAAAAAAAAAAAAAGGUACAGAAAAAAAAAAUAAAAGAAAUGAAGAAGAAGAUAUACGAAGAAAAAAAUUAAUAAAAAAUUUUUCAAUCGCGAUGAACUUUCAAUGUCAUCGAGAUUUAUCUAUAGAGCUGUUUUGACUGUAUCUCUACCUCAUGUUAAAAGAAAUAUUUUUGUCUAACUUGUACGAAUUUGAACGUGUAAAGUGAGUAAAGAAUGAUAUUCUAAUUUAAUUAUUAUUAUCAGUAUUAUUAGCUAUACUUGUUAUCAAUUGGACUAAUGUAAAACAAUGAUUCUCAUUAAUGAGAACACAUAUGAGGUUAUAAUAACGUACGUUAUUUCAGAAAUAUUUACAAAAGUCACAUAAAAAAUUGAAAAACAUUGAGAUUCACAAAUGUAAAAAUUGAAGGAACUGAAAUCACGUCAAAUUCUUUCUCUUUUUUUCUUUUUUUAAAUGAUCAUUUAUAUAACUUGUUUUACACGAACAAGUUUGAUAAACGAACUGAAACAUAUCGAGUGCAGCUCUAAGUAUAAAACAAAAACAAAAUCAAAAAUAAACAAAGAGAAAACAAAAGAAAUAAAAUAUCGUCGUCGAAACGAUUUUCAUCCUUCCUCGAUGCGCUGAACAGUGAUAAAAUGAAACUAAAACUUGGAAGAAAAAAAACGACAACAAAAGAAUUACAAAUUGAAGAAAGAAAAAAAGAAACAAGAAGAGACAAUUUCAUACGCGACAAAAAAAGAAUUUCAAAAUGAUAUCUGAAUAGGAUGUUUGUUCUGUUACAAAAAAAGAAAAUGAAAAAAAGAAAAAAAGAAAAAAAUGAAGAAGAAAAGAAAAAAGAAAAAAUGCGUAUUACAUAAUUAUCUCGUUCGUUUGUAAAUAUUUUUAAAGGGGGAGGAGGAGGAGGAGAAGGAGGAGAAGUAGGAGGAAACCAAAAGGGAGGAAGAGCGCAGCGAUUUUUAUAUGAAUUCAAAUUAGCACGUUCUCUCGUCGUAGGUGUGACAAUUAUACGGUGCUUCAAAAUUUAUUUGAAGGGAUAUGAUGAGAAAGAUUAAAAAAGAAAAAAAAAGAAAAAAGAAGAAAACAAAUAAAUAAAUAAAUAAAUAAAUAAAAGGAAAAGAGAAAAGAAUAAUGCCAAAAAGUCAACAACAAAUGUUCCGUUGAUUACAGUCUUCGAUCAGACACGAUUUCCUAGAUUUAAAGAAAGAAAAGGAAAUUAAUUAUAAACAAAAAAAACAUAAAGGAGUAAAACGAAAGCUAAAAACAAUAAUGAUAAUAAUAAUAAUAAUAAUAAUAAUAAUAAUAAUAAUAAUAAUAAUAAUAAUAAUAAUAAUAGUAAUAAUAACAACAACAACAACAAUAAUAAUAAUAAUAAUAAUAAUUAUAAUAAUAAUUAUAAUAAUAAUAACAAAUUUUCGCAUGGUACCAAUAUUCGCCUUUAACGGGAUAACUUUGACAAAGUAAUUUUCAUUGUCAAAAUCCGAGAAAAAGAAAGAGAGAAUAAGAAAAAAUGAAAAAGAAAGAGAGAGAGAGAGAGAGAGAGAGAGAGAGAGAGAGAGAGAAAGAGAAAGAGAAAGAGAGACGUAUGAUAGUUUCUUAAAAGAUUAAAGAAAGAAGAAGAAACAAAUUAAAGAAAAAAAGAGAAAGAAAAGUAAUUGUUAUUACAUUAUAUACAAAUUCUUUUCAUCUCGUACUUAUCAUUGAAUGUUUAAAAACAACCAUGCAACAACAAAAUAAUAACAAUAAUAAUAAUAACAACAACAAUAACAAUAAUAACAACAACAACAACAACAACAACAAUAACAACUGAAAGAAAAAGAAAGAAAUUAACAAAGCUCUUCUAAUUUUAUCGAGCCGUGUAAUAAAAAAAAAAAAACAAAAAAAAAAAAGAGAGAGAGAAAGCACAAACUAUUACAUGUAAAUGUGCAAGACGUAAUACUUUUGAUAAAUAACAUCAAUUGAUACGAUUGUCAAACGUUGGGCUAAACAGAAAAAACAACAAAAAAUUAAAUUUUUUUUCUAUUUUUCUUUUCCUUUUUUUUUUUUUUUGCUUAUGUUACAGUACAUUCAUUAAGGAUAACUUUUCUCUUAACACACUAAACACACACUUUGACCUAUCUCCUUCUAUUUAUGUAUCUUUUCAUUUUCUCUCUCUAUCUAUUUCUACUAAAUAUAUAUAUAUAUAUAUAUAUUAUUAUUAUUAACUAUAAAUUAUUAAUUAUUAAUUAUUAAUUAUUAAGAAAUCUGUGCCGAACGCGCCGACUAAUUUAAAAAUCUGUGCUUAAAUUUGGAAACAUUGUAUACACUUAGGUUUCUUUACACUAGUAGUUAUUUUAGCUAUUAUUUCUUUCUUUCGGUUAACCGAGGAAGAGAAAAUUAAAAAAGCAAACAAACAAAACAAAAACAAAAAUAAAAAAAAAAAAAAAAAGAAUGACAGGAAAUUAUUGAAAAAGGCAUAUAUAAUAAUAUCGAAGAGUUAUCAAAAGUAAAACUAAUCUAAAAUCAUUAUAUUGUACCUAUAUUGACGCUAAUGAGUCGUUAGAAUUAUUAUGAUUAUCAUUAUUAUUCUUACUAUUGGUAUAAUUAUCUCUCUAUAAUCUAUGACUAAUUAGACUAGAACAGUUAUGAAACGAUCUCUGCGCCGGCAAUAGUAAUCUAUACACCGACUUGGACUUAUGUAUGGAUUUUUGUGUACAUGUAUACAUGAUACAUACACAUACACAGACACAGACACAGACACAGACACAGACAUAUACAUACACAUAUCUCUACAGAGUUACGAAAUAACAAAAGACACAAACAAACGUUUAUACAAACAAGAAAGAUUACUCUUUCCCUUUUGUCUCCUCCUAAUCUACAUUCUAAUCUAAACAUUUAAAUUACACGUACACAUACAAACAAAAACAGAGGAACACGUUCUACCUCUUUAAUCAAUCCCUCUCCCCCCCCCCACCUACACUCUACCCAUCUAACACCUUUUACUCAAUCUAUCUUUAUGUCCGUCUCUGUCUCUUCAUGUUGCGUUUAAAACCACAAAGAGAUAUUUAACUUACCUUAACUUAUCUUAACUUAACUUAAAAAGAAACAAAUAAAUAAAUAAAAAAACAAAAAAAAAAACAAAAAUAUAAAAAAAAAACAACAAAAACAAAAUUAAAAAAAAAAAACAAACAAACAAACAAACAAACAAAAACAAACAUACUUCGGCCGUGGAGAGAGGAAGAUAUCUUUUUAAUUCUCUAGCCAAUGUUCUAGUCGAUUUAACUUCUACUCAAAACUGUUGUUCUCUCGUUAAUAAAAAGUCCGACGAAAAAAAAAAAAAA